AUGACAUUUCCAACCAAAGAAGAAGUCAACUUUGCACUCCGGCUUGAAAACUUUGACCUGCCAAACAAUGGCAAAGAGUCACGCUACGCCAGUACAAAGACCGGUUGUCGUUUGCCAGAUGUCCAGACCUUACAUAACCAGAAUCACUUAGUCUUGAGUGGAGCCAUGAGGAAUGAACCUUCAGCGUCAAACGACCUCAUCUUUCCUCUUCAUCAUUUCUUUGUAGAUCGUAUUUAUGAGAAAUGGCUUCGCAAGUUCAAGAAGAACGCUUCGGUUCUUUCAAGUUACGAUGCACCAAUCGGACACAACAAAGAUGACGUCAUUGUACCAAUUUGUCCUGUGUAUACUCAUCAACAGAUGGUUAAGAAGUCUUUCGAGUUCGGUUAUGACAACGACGAUGUUGACGAGAAU